CUUUCAUCCAGGUAAGGUAGCCACCGUACUAGCUAGCUACAUUCACCUGGCCCGAUAUCGGGGUGUUGACUCAAUGUAUGUACAGUACAGCCGUCCAUACCGCUGGGUAGGGCUGUGGAAGUUGGAGUACUAUGGAACUACUAACUACCAAAAUAAGCACGAUAAGUACUGUACAAACUUAUCGACAAGGUACCGUAAACUGGACAUACACCUAAGGCAGCAAGUAUUGACUACUAGUACACUACCCCUCCGGGUUGGGUUUCCAACCCCACCGUUCUUUUGGUGGAGUGUACAGUGCCUAGUGGGCUCCACUUUAACGUCACUCUGAGUUUGACGUUUGAGAUCUCAUGUUGAAUUAGCGUUACAUAUACGUGUACACGAUAUGGUUUUGCGAAGUGGGGGCAUGGUGUAGCUAAUG